UCAUUCGCACUUGUACGACUUUCGGCGCAAGGAACCUUGGAACCUUUAAACGUAGCGAAGUUUAUAAUUUAUAACCUUAAAAAAGUGCGCCAAGUUUUGCUCAAUUAUUUUGUUCAAAAACAACAAUAAGAAUGGAUUGCGAAGACACUGACCAAAUGAACAAUAACUCAAUGGAGUUAGAAAACACCCAACAACGCAAAUUAUUUUAUCGCGACUUGCUAAACUCUGUUGAAACAAUUCAUGAGAAGGAAGAGCUGGGUUUAGACACAGUUAGGGAAAUAGGCGACUUGCUUAAACAAGUUAACAUAAUUGAGGCGGAACACAACAUAAAUGACCGAUACCAAUACCCUGAAGAAAUUCUCUUGGAUUCUAUGGUUCUAUCGUCAGCCAGUGGCAUUUUAAAGAAAUGUGUGGAAGCAGUUGAUGUUAAUGUCUCCACAUACGUGUCUUCAGAAUUUACAGAAAAAAUCGCCUCUUUUUGCAAUUCAGAGGGUGACUUUGAUGCUCAAGACCUCGUUAAAUUACUUCCUGAUGCUCAAGACAUUAUACCGAAAGUUCCGGAAUAUUUUUUUGUUUAUGGAACUUACGACAUGCAGAAUUUACCAAAACCAAAGGAGAAGAAGCAAAGACAGAAGAAAGAGAAGGAAAACUUCCAGAAAAAAGAGCCCGAAAAGGUGACAAGUGUUGAAAAGGAAGAACAAGGAAUUGAAGAAAUUGUAAAAAUAUUGUACGAUGUCCUGACAGAAUGUUACGAAAGAAAUCACGAGCAGCCAGUGAAGUAUUAUGAUUAUGUGGUGGAUACUAGCAGUUUUUCAAACACAGUUGAAAAUAUGUUUUACUGUUCCUUUUUAAUUAGAGAUGGACGUGCCCACAUUGAUUUAGACGGCAAAGGCGAACCUUACAUUAAACCGAUGAAAAAAAGGCAAUUGAAACAAUUUCGCGACGAUGGCGGAACCAAUUCGCAAAUUAUUUCAACCAUCACUAUUCCAGAGUGGGAAAUGUUUAAAAGAGAGGGGUAUAUUCAAAAGUACAAAGCUCGGAAGUGACUGAUUAAACGAUGUUUUUUUUAAUAAAAUAAAUAUUUUACAUGUU